GAAGCAUAUCAUAAAAAGUAGAGACUAGAAAGAAAGAAAAAGAAGAAGCUAAGAAUGGCCACCUUAGACGAAAAACCUUCUGCGAAAAGAUGGCUUCCUCUUGAAGCUAACCCUGACGUCAUGAACCAGUUCCUUUGGGGUCUUGGCCUUCCAGUGGAUGAGGCAGAGUGCUGUGAUGUUUAUGGCUUAGAUGAAGAGCUUUUGGAAAUGGUUCCAAAGCCAGUUGUUGCCGUGCUUUUUCUUUAUCCCAUGACCACUGAGACUGAAAAAGAGAGAUUGCAACAGGAAAAUGAAAAAACGGAACAUAGCAGUAAGGUGUAUUUUAUGAAGCAAACUGUGGGUAAUGCUUGUGGUACAAUAGGGCUUCUUCAUGCUCUUGGGAACAUAACUUCUGAAAUCAAGCUUGUUGAGGGGUCAUUCUUUGAUAAAUUCUUUAAAUCUACUGCAAGCUUGGACCCAUUGCAGCGUGCUGUAUUUCUUGAGAAUGACAGAGAGAUGGAAGUUGCUCAUUCAAUGGCAGCCACUGCUGGUGAAACAGAGGCAUCAGAUAAUGUGGAUACUCAUUUCAUCUGCUUUGCUUGUGUGGAGGGUGAACUUUAUGAGCUUGAUGGAAGAAAGUCAGGACCAGUAUCUCAUGGUCCAUCUUCCCCAAAUACUUUGUUGAGGGAUGCAGCUAAAGCCAUCCAGAGCAUGAUCCAGAAAAAUCCAGAUUCUCUCAACUUCAAUGUCAUUGCAAUAUCAAAGAAAUCCGGGCCUGGACAUUAAGGCUGUCAAUUUGGGAUCGUAUUGAAGCAAUUUUAGAAUCAGUUGUGCUUUAUUGCAGAAGUGUACCAACCUAGACUUAUGAACAAAAAAAACUAUUUUUAAGAUUCAGGACUAUCACGCUUCCCUAUUUGGUACCAUCAUAAUAGGCAUAUUAAGAUGCAAUUCAGGACUAUCACGCUUCCCAUGUCACACAUUUACCAUAUACUCUUCUUCCAUAUAUUCUAAGUCCUAAAGAUAUAUUCUAAAUAUGAUUUUAGAUUUAGCUUCAUGUCUUGUGUCUUGGAUCUUUACUUGAGCUUGAUGCUUUGA